UACAGUACAAUUAUUCGCAAAUAGAGGCCAUAGGCAUAUGGAAAUUUAGCGACCAGUUGGCAGUUAGCACAUUGCAUCGUAUUUCAUACAGCAAGUUGUAUUGUCUUGUGAGUUAAAUAAAUCAAUUUUAGUUAAUACCAACUUUUUACAGAGUUAUUAUUAUUGUUGCGGUGAUAUUACAAGUGCAGGAGACCAAGUAAAUUGCGGUAGUGGGGCAGGUGCAGGAGUUGAGAUAGAACGUCGAUACGAAGCAAGCGAGAAUAACGGCAUAAUUGUAAAAAAAUAGUCGAAUAAGUGAUUAGAAAUGGAUGAAGAAUAUGAUGCGAUAGUCCUUGGCACCGGCUUGAAGGAAUGUAUUCUUUCCGGUAUGCUAUCAGUGAGUGGAAAAAAAGUUCUCCAUGUCGACCGGAAUAAGUACUAUGGUGGAGAAUCAGCUUCCAUAACACCACUGGAAGAUUUUUUUACACACUUUAAAGCCCCACCACCAGACAAAAUGUACGGACGUGGUAGAGAUUGGAAUGUUGAUUUGAUUCCUAAAUUUCUCAUGGCCAACGGACUGUUGGUGAAACUUUUGAUUCAUACUGGAGUCACUAGAUACUUGGAAUUCAAAUGCAUCGAAGGAUCUUAUGUUUAUAAGUCUGGAAAAAUUUCCAAAGUACCAAUUGAUCAUCAGGAAGCUCUUUCUAGUGAUUUGAUGGGUCUAUUUGAAAAAAGAAGAUUUCGUAAUUUUCUUACUUGGGUGCAAAAUAUGCAAGAAGAUGAUCCAAAGACUUGGGACGGUUUUGAUCCUUUCACUAAUAGCAUGAGUGCACUUUAUAGCAAAUUUAGUUUGGAGGCAAAUACUCAAGAUUUCACCGGUCACGCUUUAGCACUUCACAGAAAUGAUGAAUAUAUUUCACAACCAGCUAUUAAUACGGUUAGACGUAUCAAGCUCUAUAGCGAUAGCUUAGCACGUUAUGGGAAAUCUCCGUAUCUUUAUCCUAUGUAUGGCCUUGGUGAACUACCUCAGGGCUUCGCUAGAUUAAGCGCUAUUUAUGGUGGUACCUAUAUGUUGGACAAGCCCAUAGAUGAAAUUGUUAUUAAGGAUGGCAAGGUGGUUGGUGUAAGAUCUGGCAACGAGGUUGCUUCGUGCAAACAAGUGUUUUGUGACCCUACUUAUGUACCCGACCGAGUGAAAAAAGUUGGCCAAGUUGUCCGAGCUAUUUGCCUUUUAAAUCAUCCGAUUCCAAAUACCAAUGAUGCUCUCUCUACUCAAAUAAUUAUUCCACAGAAACAAGUCAACCGAAAAUCUGAUAUUUAUGUUUCACUUGUAUCCCAUACUCAUCAAGUUGCUUCAAAAGGAUGGUUUAUUGCUAUGGUAUCAACAACCGUUGAAACUGCUAAUCCAGAAUUAGAAAUAAAGCCUGGUCUUGAUCUAUUAGGACCUAUUUCGCAAAAGUUUGUAUCUGUAUCUGAUUAUUUGGAACCCACAGAUGAUGGCCAGAAUAACCAACUUUUCAUAUCAACGAGUUACGAUGCAACGACACAUUUUGAAACAACUUGUCUAGAUGUACUUGAUAUAUUUAAACGUGCUACGGGUGAAGAGUUUGAUUUUAAUAAAGUCAAACAGGAACUUGGUGAUGAAGAUCUCUAGUAUGGUGAUUACGGUGGUGGUACUAGUGAUUGUUAAUAUAAUCUAACAGUUUAUGAGGGCUAUUGCGCAAAUAACAAUGUCGCCGCGCAGUACACAGCUUGUAAAUACAUACACAACAAAUACUAAAUGUAUGUAUAUGUUUGACGGUCAAUUUCUGCAACCAUGUCAAUGAUGAUGAUGAUUAUGAUCAUAAUUUAAUGAUAAAAAUGAUAAUGAUAAAUCUGGUAAUGUUGAAAGAUGAAUUGUUAUUUUGUGAUGGAAUUUAAGAUACUUUAUGUUUGUGGAAUAUAUAUGGAAUUUUAAUCAUCAUACUUUAUAAAUACGCAUAAAAAAUAAUUUUGAAUUAUUAAAUGUGAAUACAAAGUGGAAAGUAUAUGAGAUCAUCGUCUGCAUUUUAACAGUCUAUUAUUAAUUAUUAAGUUAAAAAUAAAAAAUUAAAAAAAUAGAAUAUACAUCCAUUAGAAGUAUAGAGAUAAUCCUAUACAGCUGCCGUGCAUUUUGAGUAGCCAAUAAUGAAAUAUUUUUAUUUUGUCAAAAAUUAUUUUAAAAAACUGAAUCUAAAUACAAUUUCUUGAUGCAUUAAUGUACUAAUAAUUAUAAUAAUAAUAAUAAAAAAAGUUGUACGAAAUAAA